AUGGAGCGCGGCCGCCGCAGCCGCCCGCCCGUGUCCCUCGUGUAUGUGAACAGCUUCGGCUCGCACCGCUGCGGCUCCGUGAUCCGCCUGGGCCGGAGGUCCCGGCAGAGCUCCGGGCAGAGUCCCCCUGGCCCGGCCGGGAGCCCCAGGGCCGCCCCGGAGUCGCAGGACGAGCCCAGCCCCGGCCCGGGGAGCUGCCGUGUGGGGAGACCCGGCAGCCGCCCCCCCGGUGACCAAGAGGCUAAGGCUAAAGCUCACCCCUUUGACUUUCCCAUCCCUUCAAAAAAUGUUGAUAAAGUCAUAAAACGGAAGAAGAAAAAGUCCAAAGUCUGGCAUAAGGUCUGGAAAGUCAUUUCAAAAAUGCUUGAAGAAAAUGAAAGGUUCAGAAGUCGACUGUUGGCCUGCAGUCAGCUGGAUGGAGAAGGCUCUGGUAUGAACCAAACUUCACAGAAUGGGGCAUACCUGGACAGGGAGGAGUCCAUAUUUGGCUGGGUGUAGCAAGAAAAUAAAGGAAGAUUCAGUGCAAAAGGAAAUAUAAAAGUAAUGAAAGCUCUUAUUUUGAUCUAGUUCUUCCUGAAGUCAGCAGUGAGACUGCAAGUGACUUCAGUGAACACAGGUUCUCUGUUGUUUGGUUGGUGUUUGUGCUUCUGCUGUUUAAGAGGUUUGUUUUUACAGUGGCUUAAACAGCUCUGUUGCAAGAUAUUUAUUUCAAGCCAUUAAGUCUAGUGUUUCACUGAGCUAUUAGUUUUCGAAAGCUUUUUAAUGAGCAUAAUAUUGUGACAGUUUUCUUGCAAAAGAAAAGAUACACAUUUAGUGUUGUCUCUGUAUUUAUAUCUUUUAUUUUUGUAGCUUGUCAGAAUAAUAAACAAACACAAAUUCGGUAAGGCAGAACUCCACACAUGAUAGAAACCCUACUUUUUUUCUUACUGAUUUGAAUAAAUUUGACUUUCUUAUAUUGAAAUAUUACACAAUAACCCUCUCUGUUCAUUCAUCCAUUUAUACAUGAAUCUCAGCAAGUAUUUUGAAUAUGAAACCAGGUGAAUGUUUUCUGUUACGGAUUCAGUGUUACUGUUCACUGGGAGGCACACAAUGGUAUCAUCAUAAUCAGAAGGUGUUGUUUAUCUAUCUGUCUUCAAUAACACUGUACAAUGUUCUUGUGUUAGGAAAUUUAGUACUUGAACUCUUGAUUGACUGUUAAAGCCUUUAAAACAAGCAAAUAGUGUAAAUGGAACGUGAAAACUGCAUAAAAAUUGUUAUGUAUAUGGAUUUCAUCUCUUGAGCUAAAAUGUUCACCUGUCACAAUUAGACAUCCUUAGCUUCAAUAAAAGAAUUGUUUUCUCAUGGCAUAAUAUCUUGGUGUUUGCAGAUAUAAAGACUGGAAUGUCAGAGUGUUGAGCUUUAAUAACAUGCUGGUGAUUGUGUCAUUAAGCAGCAGUGCAUUUGGAAGGGUUUCUUCUCUGUUUUUUAAUAGUAAAACUGAAGGUGUAUAACUGAAGGUGUAUAACUGCAAUGUACCUUUUUGAGGACAGCUCUGGCAUCAAGGUUCUUUUCUGAUUUGUGGUUGGGUAAUAUUCUGAUUUUACUUAAAAUAGUUGACAUUUCAGCUUGGAAAAGGAAAUGAGAAGGCAAAGUAUUCAAUCAAGACGUGAUCAUUUUUCUGGCAGAGCAAAAA